AUGGCCGCGGCGAUAACUUCACAAAAGAGUAGUGGUGAAAUGCCACCUGGUGAGAAACCUGAAAAGUAUCCUUUACACAAAGCGGCCAAAGAUGGCAACUUGGAUCAAGUUCAGUCUCUUGUCCACCAGGGGGAAGAUAUCACCGCCAAGAAUGACGAGGGGGAGAUGGUGCUGCAUUGUGCGGCAAUGUCAAGUGAACAGAAAGUUGUUGAGUACCUAGUCAGUCAAGGAGCUGAUGUCAACUGUAAAACAGAGGGUGGCAGUAAUCCCUUGGCAAACUGCUCAUUAACGGGUAACAUGGACAUGGUGAAAUACUUCAUAAGCCUUGGGGCUGAUGUCUUCGCUGUAAACAAAUUAGGAUGCAAUGCAUUGCACUGGGCAGCUCGAUCAUCCAAUACUGAUCUUGUAGAUUACCUGGUUAAUAGCCUCGGCUUGGAUGUGAACUGUAAGACUGGUGGUGAUAGAACCCCGUUACUGUUCUCAUCAACGGAGGGUAACCUGGACAUGUUCAAACAUCUCAUCAGUCUCGGGGCUGAUGUGAACGCCACUGAUAAGAAUGGGCUCAAUGUGAUGCACAAGGCAGCUCUAUCAUCCAAUACUGAUCUUGUAGAUUACCUGGUUAAUAGCCUCGGCUUGGAUGUGAACUGUAAGACUGGUGGUGAUAGAACCCCGUUACUGUUCUCAUCAAUGGAGGGUAACCUGGACAUGUUCAAACAUCUCAUCAGUCUCGGGGCUGAUGUGAACGCCACUGAUAAGAAUGGGCUCAAUGUGAUGCACAAGGCAGCUCUAUCAUCCAAUACUGAUCUUGUAGAUUACCUGGUUAAUAGCCUCGGCUUGGAUGUGAACUGUAGGACUGGUGAUAAUAGAACCCCGUUACUGUUCUCAUCAACGGAGGGUAACCUGGACAUGUUCAAACAUCUCAUCAGUCUCGGGGCUGAUGUGAACGCCACUGAUAAGAAUGGGCUCAAUGUGAUGCACAAGGCAGCUCUAUCAUCCAAUACUGAUCUUGUAGAUUACCUGGUUAAUAGCCUCGGCUUGGAUGUGAACUGUAGGGCUGGUGAUGAUAGCACCCCGCUACUGUUCUCAUCAUUGAAGGGUAACCUGGACAUGUUCAAACAUCUCAUCAGUCUCGGGGCUGAUGUGAACGCCACUAAUAAGAAUGGGUGGAAUGUGAUGCAGAUGGCGUCUCAGUUUAUAUCCAAUACUGAUCUUGUAGAUUACCUGGUUAAUAGCCUCAGCUUGGAUGUGAACUGUAGGACUGGUGAUGAUAGCACCCCGCUACUGUUCUCAUCAACGGAGGUUAACCUGGACAUGUUCAAACAUCUCAUCAGUCUCGGGGCUGAUGUGAACGCCACUGAUAAGAAUGGGUGGAAUGUGAUGCACAUGGCGUCUCAAUCAUCCAGUACUGAUCUUGUAGAUUACCUGGUUAAUAGCCUCGGCUUGGAUGUGAACUGUAGGACUGGUGAUGAUAGCACCCCGCUACUGAUCUCAUCAACGGAGGAUAACCUGGACAUGUUCAAACAUCUCAUCAGUCUCGGGGCUGAUGUGAACGCCACUGAUAAGAAUGGGCUCAAUGUGAUGCGGAUGGCGUCUCUAUCAUCCAAUACUGAUCUUGUCGAUUACCUGGUUAAUAGCCUCCGCUUGGAUGUGAACUGUAGGACUGGUGAUGAUAGCACCCCGCUACUGUUCUCAUCAUUGAAGGGUAACCUGGACAUGUUCAAACAUCUCAUCAGUCUCGGGGCUGAUGUGAACGCCACUGAUAAGAAAGGGCUCAAUGUGAUGCACGUGGCAGCUCAAUCAUCCAGUACUGAUCUUGUAGAUUACCUGGUUAAUAGCCUCGGCUUGGAUGUGAACUGUAGGACUGGUGAUGAUAGCACCCCGCUACUGUUCUCAUCAACGGAGGUUAACCUGGACAUGUUCAAACAUCUCAUCAGUCUCGGGGCUGAUGUGAACGCCACUGAUAAGAAUGGGUGGAAUGUGAUGCACCUGGCAGCUCUAUCAUCCCGUACUGAUCUUGUAGAUUACCUGGUUAAUAGCCUCGGCUUGGAUGUGAACUGUAGGACUGGUGAUGAUAGCACCCCGCUACUGAUCUCAUCAACGGAGGAUAACCUGGACAUGUUCAAACAUCUCAUCAGUCUCGGGGCUGAUGUGAACGCCACUGAUAAGAAUGGGCUCAAUGUGAUGCGGAUGGCGUCUCUAUCAUCCAAUACUGAUCUUGUCGAUUACCUGGUUAAUAGCAUCCGCUUGGAUGUGAACUGUAGGACUGGUGAUGAUAGCACCCCGCUACUGCUCCUAUUAUUGAAGGGUAACCUGGACAUGUUCAAACAUCUCAUCAGUCUCGGGGCUGAUGUGAACGCCACUGAUAAGAAAGGGCUCAAUGUGAUGCACGUGGCAGCUCAAUCAUCCAGUACUGAUCUUGUAGAUUACCUGGUUAAUAGCCUCGGCUUGGAUGUGAACUAUUACCUGGUUCAUAGCCUCGGCUUGGAUGUGAACUGUAGGACUGGUGAUGAUAGCAUCUCACUACUGGCACUACUGCUCCUAUCAUUGAAGGGUAACCUGGACAUGUUCAAACAUCUCAUCAGUCUCGGGGCUGAUGUGAACGCCACUGAUGAGAAUGGGCUCAAUGUGAUGCACAUGGCAGCUCUAUCAUCCAAUACUGAUCUUGUAGAUUACCUGGUUAAUAGCCUCGGCUUGGAUGUGAACUGUAGGAUUGGUAAUGAUAGCACCCCGCUACUGUUCUCAUCAUGGGAGAGUAACCUGGACAUGUUCAAACAUCUCAUCAGUCUCGGGGCUGAUGUGAAAGCCACUGAUAAGAAUGGGCUCAAUGUGAUGCACUGGGCAGCCCGAUCAUCUAAUACUGAUCUUGUAGAUUACCUGGUUAAUAGCCUCGGCUUGGAUGUGAACUGUAGGACUGGUGAUAAUAGAACCCCGCUACUGUUCUCAUCAUUGAAGGGUAACCUGGACAUGUUCAAACAUCUCAUCAGUCUCGGGGCUGAUGUGAAAGCCACUGAUAAGAAUGGGCUCAAUGUGAUGCACAUGGCGUCUCAAUCAUCCAAUACUGAUCUUGUAGAUUACCUGGUUAAUAGCCUCGGCUUGGAUGUGAACUGUAGGACUGGUGAUAAUAGAACCCCGCUACUGUUCUCAUCAUUGAAGGGUAACCUGGACAUGUUCAAACAUCUCAUCAGUCUCGGGGCUGAUGUGAACGCCACUGAUAAGAAUGGGCUCAGUGUGAUGCACAUGGCGUCUCGAUCAUCCAAUACUGAUCUUGUAGAUUACCUGGUUAAUAGCCUCCGCUUGGAUGUGAACUGUAGGGCUGGUGAUGAUAGCACCCCGCUACUGAUCUCAUCAUCGAAGGGUAACCUGGACAUGUUCAAACAUCUCAUCAGUCUCGGGGCUGAUGUGAACACCACUGAUAAGAAAGGGCUCAAUGUGUUGCACAUGGCAGCUCUAUCAUCCAGUACUGAUCUUGUAGAUUACCUGGGUAGUCUUGGUGUGAAUCCUAAAGGUGAAAUGUUAAAGCUAUUUGAUACCAGCCAGAAUCGGAAGGUUUGUGGUAGUGUUGCAGAGAGAUGUAGGGUUGGUCUCCCUAAUGAAAUGGACAUACUGUUCCUAUAUGAGGAGAGGUCAACUCAUCCCAUUCCAGUGCAUUCAGGAUAUGCGCAAUAUUCUGGAGGCAAAAUAUAUUUGCCAAGUGGCAGCAGAGACUUCCAUCGAUACUUUUUCGAUGAAUUGGAGACUACUAUUGAAUCAAAACCAUCUGGAUAUGGAUUGAAAUAUUACCAACCUGGAGAUUUAGCUGGGCCUGAUAUUGACAAAAAUCGAAAAGCCUGUUCUCCCAUUUUACUUGAUUGGGAAUCAAACAAACUGCGUGUAUCAGUUGAUGCUGUGCCUUGUGUUCACUUUGAUGACUGGCGGGAGGAAUUCAAACAAAGCACCUGGUUGAUGGACCACAAUGAACUCAAGAAGUGGGGAUACCUCCUGGUACCUAAGCCACCUUAUAAAAAGAGCAAACUAGCCAAGCAGUUGACGGAACAACAAUUAGAGGGACUCUGGCGGAUAUCGUUUUCACAUCUUGAGGUGGAACAUAUCAAUAGCCUAGAAAACAGGAUCAAGAAUGUGUAUAUCACAGCCAAAUGUCUGAAGAAUCCAGAUGUGUGCCGCAUCAUGAUUGCUGAAGGUGAAGGUCUUCCUAAGAAUGUUGAUGACUACAUCAGCAGUUACCAGCUGAAGUCCAUGUUUCUGAUGAAUGCUGAGGAUUUCCGUAAGUCAGAGCAGAGUCUUGGUGAGAUGGUGUGUAAGGUGUAUGAGGACCUUGCUGACGCCCUCCACAAGGGUUUCAUCCCUACAUUCUUUGCACCAGGUCACAAUGUCUUGGCGGGACUCAAACUUGAUGUUGCCAAGAGUGCAAAAGUGGCCAGCAUAAUGAAAGCCUUUGUGAGAAGACUGUGCAGAAAGGGAGAAGAAACCAAAGAUGUUGGUGUUGAUAUUAAAUGUCAAACAGCAACGGUGAAAGACAAUAUUAUGAGCUCAGAUUAA